GAUGCUGGUAUGACUUAUAGCAGUGAUCAGGAUGCUGGUAUGAUGUAUGAUGGUAAUUAGGAUGCUGGUAUGGAGUAUGGCAGUGAUCAGGAUGCUGGUAUGGGGUAUGGCAGUGAUCAGGAAGCUGGAAUGGGGUAUGGCAGUGAUCGGGGGACGCUGGUAUGGCGGUGAUCAGGAUAUUGGUAUGGGUGCUGGUAUCAAUAUCAGGACGCUGGUAUGGAUUACGUGGUGAUCAGGACAGUGGUAUAGGGUAUGACAAUGAUCAGGUUGCUGGUAUAG